AUGUUGUGCUGGAGGUGCUUGGCAUGCCCUGUAUCGCAGCCCGUCCCGAGGUUUGCGAGGCUAGAGGGAGAUAUCCAAGACCGCUGCACUACUAUGGAAGCGGACCUGAAGCAGAAGCUCUCCAAAAUGGAGGGCCGCUGGAACGAGAAAUGUUCCUGCUUCACCGUGGAGGUGAGUCGCCUCGUUGACUCCAAGCUGGAUGGAAAGCUUGAUGUCUCGCUUUGGGACGAGCUGAAAGUGGACAUCGAGGUGCAUCGAUGCUUCGAAGAUGUGAGCUUCUGCAAGCAGCGAACUUUGGAACCUGUCGAAUCUCUCCAGCCAGCCAGUUGUGGGAUGCCCGCGAUUUCCCACGAACUCACACCGGUUGUCCCUUUCGAAGUUGCUCAUCGUGGAACAAUUUCGACCCAUGCGGCAUGA